AUGGGAAACCAACGAAUCUACCGAUCCCCAUACCCCACGCCACACGUCCCGACCGACCUCUCGAUACCGCAGUUCCUUCUGCAAUCAAACCCAGACGACGUGCCAGCUGACAAGGUCGUCCUCGAGGACUUUGAUGAGCAUGGUAAAUCUAUCACCUAUGGCCAACUGCGAAAUCAGGCAGCUCUCCAGGCUUCCGCCUUGAAGCAGCAAUAUGACUUGAAAGAAGGAGACGUGGUGGGCCUGUUUGGCUCUCCUUUACAACCACCGGGCUUCACGUCCCGCGACAACCGCACUAUCCCAGCAGGCAUAAUCUUCUCCUCUGGCACAUCCGGCGCCCCCAAGGCCGUCCUCCUCUCCCACCACUCCCUAAUCGCCAAGCUCCUCGUGCUCCGCGCCACGAAUCCGUUCAACCACAAUGCCUACACCCGGGAGGUCUUCUUCCCGUCCUUUGCGCACAUCUACGGCAUCGUCUCUGGCGUGCUCCUGCCCGCAUGGACGGGCGGGUACGUCGUCGCCAUGCCGCGGUUCGAGUUUGACGGGUACGUGAGGAGAUGUGCGGACAUCAGGGCCACUUUGCUGAGGCUGGUGCCUGCCACGGCGGCCAGACUCGCGGCGGAUCCUGUGGUGCGAGGGUUGGCACUGGGUACGGUGAGGAGCGUGAUGUGCUCUGGUGCUUCGCUGCCGGCGGAGACGAUCGCUGGGAUGAGAAAGGUCCUUCAUCCAGAGAUCGUGGUGUUGAAUGGUUAUGGGAUGAGCGAAGGAACAAUCAGCCUUCAGCGGGAAGGGCAGGCCCAUAAAGCAGGGAGCAUUGGACGCCCCGCUGCUGGUGCCGAGAUUAGGAUCGUUGGGGAUGAUGGGUCGGAUGUCGCUCCGGGGUCUGACAAUGAUGGAGAAUGCUAUGUGCGCAGUCCCACGCUGUUCAUGGGAUACAAGGACAAUGCCGGAGAGACUGCAGAUACGCUGGAUCAAGACGGCUGGCUGCACACCGGGGACGUGGUGAAAAUUGACAGGGACGGAGACAUGUGGCUGACUGGCCGCAAGAAGGAGCUCAUCAAGUACAAGGGCAAUCAGGUCGCGCCGGCAGAGCUCGAGGGGAUCCUCCUGGAGCACGAGCUCGUGGUCGAUGCUGGCGUUUGCGGGCUCAUCAAGAAUGGCGUCGAGCUGCCAGCUGCCUGUGUUGUGCUUGCUGGUCACGAGGCCACGGCAGACAAGGAGGCGGUCUUGCGAAAGUUACAAGCCCAUCUUCAUGAGCGGGUCGCCCCGUACAAGAGGCUGCGCGGCGGUAUAUUUGCCGUCCAGGAAUUACCAAGAGGUAGCACAGGAAAGCUGUUAAGGCGAUCACUUCCCAAAGUCAUUGCCAGGUUAGGCCGGGCAAGACCACGCUUGUAG